AUGGCUACCGAACAUCCCGCCGCGUUACCCGUACGAUUGGAUAUUUCUCCAUUAGAUUUCACACUACACUGGCCGUAUGCACGUCCUCCAACGAGUGCUCCAGCCACCGAAGCUGGCGGUGUUGGUAACCAAGGCACUGACGGUUUACAAUCGACGCCUCCAGAGCCUGCCCGAGUGGAAACGGAACCCAGUGUCUCUGCGCAGAACAACCAAACUGCCCAAGAAGCAGACUCAGAAACUCCGGAUGCGGACGACGAGGAGCCAGAUGAGAUCCACUACUGGUGGGAGUACCUCGAUGCCCGGAAGGAGGGCUGCAGCUUUGUUGUCAACUGCCCGAUCUGCAGCAAGGGACUCAAGGUGUACGGUACUUCGAGAGUCGCAGGCACGACUCCAGACUUGGAAGAUGCGUUCGUCCUGCACUGCGGUCACUUCGUGGGUGUGGACUGCAUGGAUUUCUGGAUGCAAGACCUUGUCGACGAGCAAGCCGUUUGCCCGAUGUGCAGGGCUUCUCUGAUCCACCAACUCUGUGGUCAUUUAGCCGCCAGCAAGAUUAAACAUCCAGAGCGUGCUCACUUUGAUGUUGCUGAUAUCGUAGGAAUGAUUUCAUGCCUAGAACGAUUUGGGCUAGGUGAGGCUGUUCCUGGCUAUUGUCUGGACUGCAGAGGGAUCUAG